CUGGCUGCCUUCAGCGUGAAUCGUCCCAAAAGGGCAUUUGCGUUUGCUCUUUCUUGGGUCACGAGACGUGGCAUAAGCACCACAACACCAAGGCCGGCCGACUGAACCCAGCGUCUUGCAUCCUGCAUCUUGCAUCUUGCUUCUCUGUUUUUUGGUUGCCUGGCCUCUCUAUUCUGUAAUCGCUCCUCAUCCUCCUCGACACUCACGAUACCUCCGUUAUAUAACCACUUGCUCAUCCCUUCUUGGAUUCUUCUUCUUGGACUUCUUGGACCCCUCGUAUCAUCGCCAUGGUUUAUUGCUUCCUCCACUCACGGCACUCGCGAAAUGGCCAACCCCCCCUCCUCACCCAAGGACGUCGAGAUCCUCGUUCACGCCACCGCGCCCAGUCGCGCGGCCGAUGAUGUCGUCUACCGCCAGCUCGCACAGGCAUAUCUCGCCUUCGAGCCUCAGUCCCGUAAUCAGCUGCCGUUUGCAGAACCUCCCUUUGGUGCGUGCGGUCCAGAGCAGCCAUCGCCGAACCAAGCGUUUACCACACCCUCGUUCGAGCAAUCCUUCGAGAUCAAAUCUCAGGAUCUAAGUUUCCAAAGCGCCAUAGAUAACCGCUCGUCUCCGCGUCUACGAUACACGUCCACUAAUCGAGAUGUCAUCCCUUCGUCAUCCCAAGAGAGCGGCGUUGGGUCUCAGACGUCGUGGUGCGCACCUCCGAGUCAAAUAAGUGACUCGUAUCCCAUGCCGGAUGGUGCACUGCUCAAAAUCUCGCCGACCCGGGUUUUGCAGCGAUAUAUAGGCAGACCUAGCUUGCCACAGCCCUCACUAGCAUCUUCGUCUCCAUCACCCCAGAAACGGGUGUCGUCGUCGCACGACCGCGACAGGGUGGAUGUGCCGUCGUCAAUUCUCGAGCCGGAGCAGGACUCCCUGCCAAUGCUCCUCCCUAGAUAUAUACGCGUCAACCAAACCAUACCCGUUACGCCACAGGUUCAAAAGAAAAUUGCUACCUCGGAGGCUCUCAUCGAGUCAAGUGAGCUAUACGCAGGCGAGUCUGCUUUCGACAUUACUCACAUCUCAAGCAGUGUGGUAAGCGAUCUAUCGUCAGCGCCACCGCUACCAACACUACAUCGCGCCGAGUCGGAGCCACCCCCGGCUAAACGGACCAAGGCCAGUCAUCUGCAUCAUGGCGACUUAGUACGAAGCUCGAGUGACACAGGCCCUGUGAUCUCGUCCAGCAACCCAGUUGCCGAGGAACUCAGCUACAGCCUCGAGAUUCGGCCACCCUCGCCUCCUGUAGGAGUCACCGACGUCGACCCUGAAGACUUCAUCUCAGAGAAGAUGGCAAAGUUAGCACGCGACCUCUCGUCACGUUACCGUCCAGACUCGAAGAGAGAGAUCGAUCCCUUGGAACGGGGUUACUGGUUACUCGACUGCGCAACCUGGAGCCCAGAGGUCCGUUUCGCCGCGUGGGUCUUUCUCAAUAACUACCUUCGGAGCGGCCUGGCGGGCUGGGGUACGUGGUGUCGGCGUGAUGACAGCCACAGCUGGAUCCGCUUGUACUGCUGGGGCUAUGUCACCAAGCACACAUACCUCCUCCUCUACCUUGCCAGCGGGAGGCAGUUGAAGCACACCGGAGCCAGCUGGUAUGGCGCAGAUGGAGAUCUCGUGCUGGAAGUCCCUCCGCAUGACAACCAGCGAUGACUUGGCUUGGGAUGUUUACGGCGCAUACAAUAGGAGCAUUCUGGAUCAACGGGGGGCUAACGGGAUGAUAAAGGUCUUUGGAGUUCUUAUUCUGGUCUACUAUAUAGUGAGGCGUUGGACAACUCGGAUAGCGAGACUUUGCAUACACAAUACCAUGGGCGGACUUUUCUAUAUUCCCUCUGUGGUGAGACGUAACGCGCGCUGUUAUAUACCCUCAUUUUACUCCAGAAAUUGCUCCUUCGAGCACUUUUAUUAUUACAGACUCGAGAUAGGAUAGUAAUUUGAAAAGCUAACACACUCUUAAGAUGUAAGCACCUAGUAAGUAAUGCAUCCAAAUUCAAAGUAGUAGUGGUGGAAUAUAUAAUGUAAUCGCGAAUUUUAAAGGUAC